CCUCGAUCGCCCCCCGCUCCGCUUCCCUCCAACUCCAGCCCGCCCGCCCCUUCUUCUCCUCCUUUCUACGCAGCAGAGCGGAGCGCGAGGCGCGUAAAAAAUAGCACCGCCACCACCACGCAGCAGUUUCUGGAAGCCGCCCGCCCCGCCGCCCGCGCGCGUGCCCUUAAAGGCGCCGCGCGCGCCGGUCGCCUCCCCACCCGCUGGCGCUGGCGCCCGCCCGUUUUAAUCACCGUCCAGCCCGGCCGCAGCAAGGCCGGCCGCGCCCAAUCACCCGUUCCGCCACCGCGGCUCCGCUCCCGUCCAGGCGCCCUGCUCGUGGUGCUCACCCUCACCUGCUGCUCUCCCGCUUUCUUAUUCCCUCCACCCCCCCCCCUCCGGCCUCGGCCCUCGGACAGGGAGGGCUCUACCUCUGCCAGGUUUAGUUGCCGGCCCUCUUCGUCGCCCGGUUCUGGGAGCCGGGCGCAGCCGGAGCGGGAGCCCCCCGCUCGAUCGAGCUCCUCGCGCGGGCGUUUGACGAUGUCAUGUGGCCCCUCUGCGUCAUCUCCGAGAAGCUCUUCAAGAUGGCCGGCGACGACGCCGGCCAGGGCCCGGGCUCGCCGUCCGCCGACUACGCCCAGAUUUCCCUAGCGCGCCGAUCGUACUACGUCGAUGUUCCACAUGUGCAGCAGGCCUUCACCUGGGACUGCGGCCUCGCCUGCGUGCUCAUGGUGCUCAGGACGCUGGGGAUUCAUUGCUGCGACGGCAUUGCCGAUCUCGAGAGGCUCUGCCGCACCACAAGCAUUUGGACAGUCGACUUGGCGUAUCUCUUAAACAAGUUUUCAGUUAGUUUUUCUUUCUUUACUGUGACUCUUGGAGCAAACCCACAAUAUUCUGCUGAAAGCUUUUAUAGGGAGCAAUUGCAAGAAGACAUUGAUCGAGUCGAUGAGCUAUUUGGGAAGGCACUUGAAGCUGGAAUUAGUAUUCAAUGCAGAUCCAUCAGCGCAUAUGAUAUUGCUUUUCUACUGUUAUCUGGGCACUGCAUUGCCAUUGCAUUAGUGGACAAAUCAAAGCUAAAUUCCUCUUGGAUGAAUGAUGUACAUGAUGUACAGCAGCUCAAUGAGGAUUCAGAUUACAUGGGGCAUUAUGUCAUAAUAUGCGGGUAUGAUGCUGAUGAUUGUGAAUUUGAGAUAAGGGAUCCUGCCAGUUCCAGGAAGCGCGAAAGGGUGACAAUGAAGAGCCUAGAUGAGGCCCGCAAAUCAUUUGGAACCGAUGAGGAUAUUCUCUUGGUAGGAGAAACAGUGUCUCCUUAACCGGAAAGAGCGGAAUGAAGGUCACUCGUAAAUUCCUCGCCGGCUCCAUGUAAAUAGCUCACCAAGCCUCCAGCCACUUUGUGUAUACGUUGUACAUGUCCCUGUAGUUAUGAUUGUCGGUUGCCAUCCUUGUAAUUUUACUGCCGAUAGGAACAGUGUGCCAGGAAAGUUAGUUAGCAUCUUUAUGGUCUGUUGGCUCAUGGCAUCACCAAACCGUAGCUGCUAAGGGUUUAGCAGCAGCAGCAGCAGCAGCAGCAAAAAUUGCUGCUCCUAUGUAGUUGCAAAUGGUGCAGCAGCAGCAAGAAAUGCUGCUCUUGUGUAGUUUACAAAUGGCAGCAGCAGGUGCAAACAGUUCUGCUGCUCUUGUAACGAGCAAAAGCUAUAUGAUCAUAUCUGAACGUGUACAGAUCUUCCUUGAAGAAAUUGUGUGAUCCUUUGCACCGUAAUCCA